CGUACUUAUACUGGGGAAGAACUACCAGUGUUGGGUCAGAUUGAUGUUACAGUGACGUAUGAGUCUCAGGUUAUUAGCCUACCGUUAAUCAUUAUACAAGGAAGUGGAGUCACGUUAUUUGGUCGAAACUGGCUGGAGCAUAUCCAGUUGGAUUGGUCCAAGAUUCACUCUCUCAGAGAAGAUCCUAGUGGUUUGCAGCUACUCCUGGAUCAACACCAACUCCUUUUUCGAGAAGAGCUGGGUACCUUAAAAGGUAUGGAAGCAACUAUCCAUGUUCCUCCUAAUGUGCAACCACGUUUCUAUAAAGCCAGACCUCUUCCUUAUGCAAUGAAAGAGAAGGUUGAGCAAGAGCUAGAUAGAUUGCAGAAAGCUGGUGUUUUAACUCCUGUUGAAUUCUCAGAUUGGGCAGCACCAAUUGUCCCUGUGGUGAAAUCUGAUGGAUCUCUUCGUAUAUGCGGUGAUUACAGUGUUACUGUCAAUGCUGUAUCUAAGCUGGAUAAUUACCCCCUGCCUCGAGUGGAAGAUCUAUUCACUGCCAUGUCUGGUGGUACUCUAUUUACUAAGCUGGACUUAACACACGCAUACCAGCAGCUUCGUUUGUCUCCUGAAUCAAAGAAGUAUACAACUAUUAAUACUAGUAAAGGAUUAUUUCACUAUGAGCGAUUGCCAUUUGGUAUCUCAUCAGCUCCAGGGAUCUUCCAACGUACCAUUGAGACACUACUUAAAGAUUUACCAGGAGUAGUAGCCUAUAUUGAUGAUCUUCUAGUCACUGGUUCAAACAAAGAGCAGCAUCUCCAGAAUCUUGAUCGAGUGAUGACACGCCUAGAAUCUGCAGGAGUCACACUCAAGAGGAGUAAAUGUGUCUUUCUCACCCCUUCGGUGGAAUACCUGGGUCACGUGAUUGACAAAGAGGGACUACACCCUUCUCAAGAGAAAGUCCGUGCUAUCCAGGAGGCUCCAGAACCUACAAAUGUAUCCGAACUAAAAUCAUUUUUAGGACUAAUAAACUAUUAUUCUAAAUUUAUGUCUAAUCUUGCAUGUAUUCUCUCCCCUCUCUAUAGGUUACUUCAUAAAGACUCAAAAUGGUCGUGGACAAAGGAUCAUACUACUGCCUUCAAUACUGCGAAACAACAGUUACAGUCCUCAUCCGUUCUCAUCCAUUUCGAUCCGUCCAAGGAGCUUACGUUAUCAUGCGACGCCUCUUCCUAUGGUUUGGGAGCUGUCCUCGCUCACAAGUUGGAGGAUGGUUCUGAACGCCCGAUCGCAUUUGCAUCUCGUACUCUCUCCCCUGCCGAAAAGAAGUAUUCGCAGGUCGAAAAGGAGGGGCUUGCAAUAAUUUUUGCCGUCAAAAAGUUCCACCAGUACCUCUAUGGUCACCACUUCAUUAUCUAUUCAGAUCAUCAGCCCCUGAAGUAUUUAUUUUCUGAAUCCAGACCAGUACCUGCUAUGGCUUCAUCGAGAAUCCAGAGAUGGGCUCUCACUCUCAGUGCUUAUGAAUAUUCUAUUCAUUAUCGACCAGGAUCACGUCUUGGUAAUGCUGAUGCGUUAAGUCGAUUACCACUGACAGAUCAACCUCAAGAUAAAGACAUUCCCCCUUUGGGAGAUGUCAAUCUCUUAGUACAGCAGUUGUCACACUGCAUAGUAUCAGCAACUCAGAUAGCUCAGUGGACAGAUAAGGAUUCUACUCUUUCUCGUGUUCACCAUUUUAUACUACAUGGAUGGCCUGAUACCUGUCCAGAUCCAGCAUUCCUACCAUAUUUUCGUCGUAAAGAGGAACUCAGUACUGUGGAUGGAUGUGUACUAUGGGGUUCUAGAGUGGUGAUUCCCACUACUGCUCGCUCUCUUGUGGUACAGCAGCUACACGAUUGUCAUCCAGGCAUAAGCAAGAUGAAGAGCUUAGCUCGCUCCUAUGUAUGGUGGCCAGGCCUGGAUGAGGAUAUUACACGAGCUGUACAAACAUGUGAAAUAUGUCAGAAUAGCAGGCCCAGUCCUCCUUCAGCACCACUCCACCCUUGGGAAUGGCCAUCAAGACCGUGGUCACGAAUACAUAUCGACCAUGCGGGACCGUUCCAAGGUAAAUUGUUUUUACUUGUUGUAGAUGCCUAUUCU